GGAAGUAGGACCAUGAACUUCUGAAGUUGCUGCUGCUGCUCCUCUCUCUCUGAAUGAAGAUUGAGCUUCACCCCAGACUGCAACUUCCUUCCUCUCUCCAACAUCUAGUAUUUGAUCUGAAAACUGAAGUUUAAAAAUCAACAGAUGAAGGGCUUAUGCCCAAAACACCGACUCUCCUGCUCCUCAGAUGCUGCCUGACCUGCUGUGCUUUUCCACGCUUUUUGACUCUGACUCUCCAGCGUCUGCUGUCCUCAAUUUCACGUCAAUGUCUGACAGUCGUUCAGUCCUUUGGGCCUGUAACGAGUUUUGACUAAGAUUCUGUGAGAAGGAGCAAAGUUUUUUGGUCCCUGUUUCAGUACGUUUUCAGCAUCGGUGGGACGGAAUGAGAGAUCCUACUGUUACAGCGCACUGAGUGUGGAACCUAAAACAGUUAUCCAGCCUGGAAAGAGGAAUUCACGGUGGGGAGGGACUGUACAUGUGUUUGUGUACCGCUGAAGCUUCAGCCAUGGAGAAACCCGAGGAAUCCCGCUCCGUGGAGAAAUCUUGGAAGUGUGGCGACUGUGGGAAAGGCUUCCAUGUCCUGUCUGUCCUGGAUGCUCAUCGGCGCAGUCACACUGGGGUCAGGCCAUUCUCCUGCCCUGAGUGUGGGAAGGGAUUCAGCAGUUCCUACACCCUGCUGAGGCACCAACGGGUCCACACAGGGGAGAGGCCCUUCAGCUGCUCCGAGUGCGGGAAGGCCUUCAGCAAUUCCUCUGACCUACUGAAGCACCAGCGUGUCCACACCAGGGAGAGACCGUUCGCCUGCCCAGAGUGUGGGAAGGGGUUCAGCAGUUCCUCCGCCUUGCUGACCCACCAGAGGGUCCACACAGGGGAGAAGCCCUUCAGCUGCCCCAAGUGUGGGAAGGCCUUCACCCAGGCCUUUUCCCUGCUGAGGCACCAGAGUGUCCACACAGGGGAGAGGCCAUUCACUUGCCCAGAGUGCGGGAAGGGGUUCAGCGAUUCCUCUGCCCUGCUGACCCACCGGCGGGUCCACACUGGGGAGAGGCCUUUCAGCUGCCCUGAGUGUGGGAAGGCCUUCACCCAUGCCUCCAACCUGCUGACCCACCGGUGGGUCCACACCAGGGAGAGGCCCUUCAGUUGCCCCGAGUGUGGUAAGGCCUUCAGCAAUUUCUCCCACGUGGUGAUCCACCGGCGGGUCCACUCCGGGGAGAGGCCAUUCACUUGUCCUGAGUGCGCAAAGGCCUUCAGCAAUUCCUCUGACUUACUGAAGCACCAGCGGGUUCACACCGGCGAGCGGCCCUUCAGCUGCCCUGUGUGUGGGAAGGCCUUCACCCAGUCCUGCAACUUGCAGAGGCACCAGCGGGGGCACCAGUGCUCCCAACAAUCGGAUUCUGCCAGUGAGGCUGCUGUGGGUCACCCCCAGGACUGAACCUCCUGCCCAGUCUGAUAGUGGGAGAGUUGGUGGGCUUGUUUUGUUUUCUGUUGGACUGCACCCACUCCCACAGUGGCUCAGUGGUGAGUAGCAUUGCCUCCCAGUGCCAGGGACUCAGCUUUGAUUCCACUAUUGGGGCAACUAUCUGUGUGGAGUUUGCACAUUCUCCUCCUGUGCCUGUGUGGGUUUUCUCUGGGUGUUCCGGUUUCCUCCCACAGUCCAAAGGUGUGCAGGUAGGAUGGAUUGGCGAUGCUAAAUUUUCCCAGUGUUCAGGGAUGUGUAGGUGUGGUGUAUUAGUCAGGGGAAAUGUCAAG